GAGGCUAUCUAAUAGAUUUCAUCAGAAAUGGAAGAAACUUCAGGUAAAGUGAAGAGAACGCAGCCACUAUGGCAACCACCCCAGGGGUCAGGAAAACAUGAACUCUACCUCUACAACAGUCUCACAAGACAAAAGGAACAAUUUGUUCCCCAGAAUGGCAGGCAGGUUAAAUGGUACAGUUGUGGACCCACAGUUUAUGAUGCGUCACAUAUGGGACAUGCAAGGUCGUACAUAUCAUUUGAUAUUAUGAGGCGAGUAAUGAAAGAUUACUUCAACUAUGAUGUCUUCUACUGUAUGAACGUUACUGAUAUCGAUGACAAGAUAAUUAGACGUGCUAGGCAGAGACAUCUAUUUGAUAACUACUGCAAUGAAGCUAGAUCGCUACAAGAAUUGCUCAAGGAUAUUACAACAGCCAUGCAGCCAUUUGGUGAAAAACUAAACACGGAGACAGAUCCUGACAAAAAAGCUAUGUUGGAAGGUAUAAAGAUAGGUGUCACUAGUGGUGUUUCCAAGAUGGAGGAGGCUAUUAACAAUAAAGCCGAAAAUGAAAAACUCGAAGAAGCCAAACAGAAUCUUCUCCAAGCAACGAGAGACGUGCUCUCUGAUUGGCUAGAUGCUCAACACGGGUCUUCUAUAUCAGACAACUCGAUAUUUAGCGCGUUACCAAAACACUUUGAGGCGGAAUACCAUAAAGAUAUGGAUGCUUUAAAUGUUCUUCCACCAGAUGUCCUCACAAGAGUCAGCGAAUAUAUCCCAGAAAAUAUUGCUUAUAUUCAGAAGAUUAUUGACAAUGGUUUUGCAUAUGAGGCUGGAGGAUCUGUAUACUUUGAGACUACCAAGUUCAGCCAAUCAGAAGGACAUUUCUAUGCCAAACUUCUACCAGAGGCAUUUGGAGACAGUAAAGCUCUAAAGGAAGGAGAAGGUGAUCUCAGUAUCUCAGAAGACAGACUAAAUGACAAGAGAAGUGCCAAUGAUUUCGCUUUAUGGAAGGCAUCCAAGCCAGGAGAGCCUGCGUGGGAGUCACCAUGGGGCAAAGGAAGACCCGGUUGGCAUAUAGAGUGCUCUGUAAUGGCUAGUUGUAUAUUAGGAGACUCACUAGAUAUUCAUACGGGAGGUUAUGAUCUCAAAUUUCCACAUCAUGAUAAUGAACUGGCCCAGGCUGAGGCGUAUUUUGGUAACGACAACUGGGUCCGCUACUUCCUACACUCCGGCCAUCUCACUAUAGAAGGAUGCAAAAUGUCAAAAUCUCUCAAAAACUUUAUCUCGAUUCAGGAUGCUUUAAAAACACACAGUUCUCGCCAAUUAAGGUUUGCGUUCUUGUUACAUGCGUGGGCCGACACAUUAAACUACAGUCAGGACACGAUGGAAGUUGCAAUUACAUAUGAGAAACAUUUUAACGAGUUUUUCCUAACAGUCAAAGAUAUACUGAGAAACCAAGCAACGUCUGGACCAGAUGCAUUUACAAAGUGGGAAUCUGCAGAAACACAGCUAAAUGAUAAGUUCUUUGAAAGACAAUCUGGUGUUCAUGCUGCGCUAUGUGAUUCUAUUGAUACAAGAAGUGCAAUGGACUGUCUGCGUGACCUUACCACCUCAAGUAACAGCUACAUAGCGUCACAACGAGCGGCCAAGAUAUCACCCAACGGCAUACUUCUGAAAAACAUCGCCAUCUAUAUUACAAGGAUAUUGAAGGUAUUUGGUGUAAUACAAGGGGAUGAACCAAUAGGAUUUCCACAAGGAGGGGCCAAAUCACAGAAUAUUGAAGAGACAGUUAUGCCAUACCUCCAGUCAUUUGCCACAUUCAGGGAAGAUGUUCGUAAAGUGGCCAGAGAGCAAAAGGCUGCUGAGAUUCUGAAGUUAUGUGAUGUAGUGCGUGACGACACAUUACCAAAUCUUGGCGUGAGACUGGAGGACCACGAGGGCCAACCUUCCGUUAUUAAACUAGUCGACAGAGACACUCUUCUUAAAGAGAGGGAAGAAAAGAUUAAGCUUGAGGAACAAAAAAGGCUUGAAAAGGAAAGGAAAAAACAGGAGAAACUAAAGCAACAGGCUGCCAAAGAUGCAUUGAAUAAGAUACCACCAGGAGAGCUCUUCUUAAAGGAGACGGAAAAGUAUUCUAAAUUUGAUGAAAAGGGUAUGCCCACACACGACAAAGAAGGCAAAGAACUAGGGAAAUCUGCUCUGAAGAAGCUUACCAAACUAUAUGAGGCUCAGGAAAAGAAAUACAACGCAUAUAUGAAGGCGCAACAAGCCACGGAGGCCACAGCAGAUGGGAACUAAGCAAAACUGUGAUAUGUAUACAACUGUACGAAGAAAGGGGAUAACUCUGGGAUCUCUGAGACGUUAUACAAGACCAGGCCAUGAGCUAUUAGGAUCAUUGGCCACAACAGGUGAAAACUUAAAGCAAAACUAUGUUUAGACGAGGCUGCCUGAUUGGAAUAUUAACAUGGCAUGAAAGGCGCUUCUGGGCCUGUGAUCAAUCUCAGAUAUUUAAAUAGAGGCCCAGAGGUGCAUUAAUGCACCUAAACUAUGCUAAGUCUUGUAUGGAGCCUUUGUGUAAUCCCUCUUAAUAUAUGCACAUGUAUCAGUUAUUAAAAGGGGAGAAGGACGGAUUUUGUGAGGAUCUCAGAGACUUUACGCAAGAUAGUUGACAUUGUCUUCAAAUAUAGGAAACGUCAUUGCAUCUGGUCCGUACGAUGUCAUAUUUCACUGCAUAUGUGUGACAUUUGCCAAAUUGUUUGAGUACAUUAAAUGUAUUAGAAUCGAGGAAAUUUUAUAUGUCAGGGGAUAUCAUUUCAUUAUCUUUGGCUAGCUUUUUAUUUAAGCCAUAUUGAGUGCCAUAUGCUACAAAAAUACAAAGUACGCUGUUGGGCGAAAUUGGUGACUUCAGAUUUCACUCCAAGUGUUAUGUACCAUAGGGUAAUAAUGAAUAUGAUUUUUAAACAAUUUGUAAGCAUAAUUCAGUAUUUUCAGAGCUCAGUAAAUCAAGUAUGCUUCAAUAUUCUAGAUAUUAAAGAGAUUAAAGGGUAAAUCAAAACUUGCAUUGUACAAUGUGCUUAUUAUUUAUUAGAUAUA